CAAAUUGAUAAGAAUGACCGGGUAAAAACUAUCUCUUCAUCGAGAAUCAAGAGAAAAGAAAUCAAAUUCCUUCCAUUGCUUCAUGAUAAGGAUGUUGGACAUUGGAAUCUUACACUAAAAAUUUGAGUUGGUUACCGUUGGUGUUGCUUAUUCGCGACUAUUUGAAAUAUGGAAAUUAGCUAUGUGUACGCCAAAAGGCGAUCGGAAUUCGGAAGACAGUGCAACUUCAGUGACAAAAAUGCAGAACUGUUAGUUGAAAUACUGCCAGAUGUUGACGUGUCACAUAAGUUUGUCGAAAUGAAUCCUAUCGACAAGGGUGUUCAGUCAUCGCAAGAAAUGUCUGAACACGAAGCCAACACUGAAAGAUAUCGUUCGGAAUCUCGAGGGAUGAACCAUACAGAAGGUGGUUGGCCAAAGGAUGUCAAUGCACAGGAACCUGACCAGGUUAUAAGGUAUCGGAAGAAGGUUGAAAAAGAUGAGUUGUAUAUUGCAACUGUUCAUAAACUUGGAAACAUUAUGGAGCACUGCAUUAAGCAAAACAAUGCACUGAAUAUUUAUGAAAAUUAUUUCGAAGAUUUCGAUGUGAACACUUCCGAAGACCCUCCAUCCGCUAAGACUAUAACCGUUUUAAAAGAUAUGAACGACCCAAAAAGAAGCAUUGCACACAUAUCUUGGUAUCCUGACGGUCCGACAAAGUUGGCUGUCGCCUACUGCAACACUGAAUUUAAGUCAGUUUCUGGAAGCACCUCGAACGAGUCAUACAUAUGGGACGUCAACAAUCCCAACAGACCUGAACUUACACUUAAAACAGCCUCUCCGCUGGUCUGCAUUGAGUAUAACCCUAAAGACUCCCACACACUAAUUGGUGGCUGUUAUAACGGACAACUUUCAUUGUGGGAUAGACGCAGGGGCUCCAACCCUGUUGAAGUCUCACCGAUUGAACAUAGUCACAGAGAUCCCGCCUGGAAAGUGAUUUGGAUACAAUCUAAAACUGGAACUGAAUGCUUUUCUACGGGUACUGAUGGUCAAGUUUUCUGGUGGGAUGUCAGGAAAAUGUCUGAACCCAUGGAGUUUCUUUAUCUCGAUCCCACGAAGAAACAAGACUUUUCGUGUGCCCAAGGAGCUUAUGUAUUGGAGUACGAGUCCACCAUACCCACAAAGUUCAUGGCUGGUACUGAACAAGGGAUUAUCAUCUCUUGUAACCGGAAAGGCAAGACACCUGCAGAAAAAAUUGUUGCUGCCUAUCCUGGACACAUUGGACCAGUUUACGCAUUGCAGAGAAAUCCAUUUUUCCCAAAGAACUUCCUUAGUAUUGGUGACUGGACUGCUCGAAUAUGGUCGGAGGAUAUUCGAGAUUCUGCUAUAAUGUGGACGGCCAACCAUGACUAUGGUCUUUCUGAUGGAUGUUGGAGUCCUGUUCGACCAGCUGUAUUUUUCACUACUUGUCUGGACGGAACGUUAAGCGUUUGGGACAUUAUAUUCAAGCAAGAAGCACCGGCUCUCAAUAUUCAGAUUUGUGACGAACCGCUUCAUUGCCUCAGAGUUCAAGAACAAGGUCGACUUAUUGCAACAGGAUCGCACAGUGGAGUAUGCACAGUUCUGGAACUCUCUGAAGGAUUUUGUACCCAAUCGAAAAACGAAAAAGCUUUAAUAACCUCUAUGUUUGAGAGAGAAACUCACCGUGAAAAAAUUCUGGAUGCAAGACAUCGGGAGAUAAAACUACGUAAACAAAAACUCCAAGGGGCACCACCCUCGGUAGCCUACAACACGUAUUAGUCGCAGAGUUUAUGCAAGGGAAAAUUUGCCAAUCACAAUGCAUGUAAGUGACCUUCAAGUGAUCAGCCCCUCCCACAAGGCAUUUAUCCGCGGUCCUCUGGCGUGGUUGAGAAGACAGCAUACCAGAUUUCAGGUCAGGGUGACUUCCUGUGUCUGCUGUCUGUAUGUUUCGGUGAAUUCGUUUGCCAUUGGAAUUUAAAGGUUUUUUCGACGUUUUGCAUAUUUUUAACGUGUCAACGUCAAUUUGUCACUAGAUGUUAUAGCAUAAUAUUCUCUAUAGAAUACUCUAAAGCCUAUUUUUACUUUAAAGUUCACAGUUAUUAAGUUAGUGGUUAAGGAUUCUGGUAAACCUGCAAUCACUAUACUAAUUUGAAUUUGCUAGGCUAAGAUAGUAAACUGUUCAUAACACAAAAUGCAGUCGUAGUCUGCUAACGAUAAGCUUAGGAUAACACUGAAUUCAAUCUCGAUAAUUCUGACCUAACUCUAACAUUGCUUAGUGGAUAAAUUCUGGACCAUCCUGAAAUUGUUUGAUUGUUUGCACAAACUGGAAUUGCGUUCUGGUUUUCAGCGUAACUGGCUAUAUGCUAGGACUACCAAUACCACAUCUGGCACAGCUGUUAUGUGAUGAUAAAUCCGAUAGAUAUGACACGAUCAGCUUACUGCGGUGCUCAAACAAAUAGUCCCAUUACCUUUUGUUUUCCUUUCUUUGUUACUAUUACACUGUUGUUAACAUCUAUUACACACUAAUUUUAUGUUUCAUAUCCUGUGGUGCAUUGUUUAAAAUGUAAACGCAACGCUGUUCUUCUUAUUUUUUUUAUUUAUAUUCUUUUUGGGUGUUGCUUUUUUGAUUUAAAAAUCUUAUAGAAUUCGUGAGGUAAUUAGACGCAAUAUUGUAAUGCACGCUGAAAAUUCCAUACCUGUACCACAAAUACUGUUUGGAAUAAAGCUGUUAUUAUUAUUAAUUCAGCACCCUGUUCUUCUAGGCAUUUUCAGAAGUAGCUCAGACCCUAUUGUGCUUGCUUAUCAGCCUGACUUCGGUCCUUUUGGCCCAGAUUCAGCGUCCAGUGCCCAUUUGUAAGAACGACCAGCAUUAUUUCAGUACACUCGGUUCACUUUAGGUAGCUGAAAUACUUACCAUGGGAAGCCAUUAUUCCUGUGUAGGUUGGAAUCAGUUUAGCAUUGUUGUAGGAUUGGGCCUUAAAGCGUUGCUACAGUAUAAGUGAUAGAUCCCAUGCUGUGAACCAGUAAUCGCCGUUGGUAAAGAGCAGCUAAUACGACACAGAUGUGUGUAAUUUCUAACUGGCAUCCAAAGUGCUUUCAUCACAAAACAAUCAACCAAAGUCUUUUAAACUGUCACUCUUAGGCAUGUGAACAGAAAGGAAGUAUAACAACAGUUUAAACGUGCAUGUUCAUAUUAUGAACACACACGGAAAGAAUUAGCUAAUACUAACAUUUUCACUUUUUUAUUUUCAUAGUCUCCACCUACACCCCAACAGACUGCAGUUCGGAUGAACUAAAGGACAAUUUCUACCUGAAACUGUCUAAUUUGCUGCAAAAUGCAAAACGUUCAGAUUAAGCCGUUUUAGCAGGUGACUUCAAUGGCAUAGUAGGGAAGUUGUGCCAGACUGCGAAAUAUAUAGAUGGUACGUAUGGAGUACCCCGCUGACGAGCCCACGACAGUGGUCGUCUUCAACAGUUCUGUUCAGAUAAUAAUCUGUUCAUAGUCAGCACUAAUUUUAG